AAUAUCGAAUCUUGAUGCGAUACAAUCCAGAUAAACUUGAGUUGCUCGCUUUUGAUCGGGAUUCUGUGCAAAAGGCGGUCUUUUUCUCGGCGUCCCGUCGCUUUGCACCCACUUGAAGCAAGCUCGGGAUUCUUCUUCUGCAGUUAUUAGCUUCCAGAGCUCCUCUUGAAGCAUUUGAAGGGAGGACAUGGAUGAUGGGGAGGUGGAGGUGGAGGUUCCGGAUCCUGUCCUGGUACCGAAUGCCAGCUCUUCGAGCAGUUUACAGAGCUCGGCCUCUGUGGACUCUUUAAUAGAAGAGUUUUUGAAAAAUACCAGGACCUGCACUCACACUCACACUUGCAAUCCUCCUGGUCCAGACGCUGCUCACACUCACACAUGCUUCCACACCCACACCCAAAUGUUCUCGUCCGAAGACGAUGAAAAGCGCAAAGGGAGAAACCCGUGCACGAAGGUGAAAACAAAUGCUCGUAAUAAAGUGGCGGUGAGGAAGUAUAGGGAGAAAAAGAAGGCUCACACAGCUUGCUUAGAGCAGGAAGUCCAGGAAUUGCGCAUGAAGAAUCAGCAAUUGAAUGGAAGAUUGCAUGUUCAAGCAAAUCUUUACGAUGAGGUCAUAAGGCUUAGAAGGCUUUUGCUAGACCUCAGAGGUAAAAUUGAUUAUGAGUUAGGUCUUAUGCCCUUUCAGAAGCCUUGCAAUUAUACGUCUAUUAAGGAAGGUGACUGUGGGGUCCAGUCUGGCAGCGAACCGGUUGGGUUACAGUGUUCGACUGGUUUAACGUGCUUUCAUCCUCACACGGGCUCGUCAUCUCUGGCUGGUAUUGGCAGGAGCGAUGAUGCGAUGGUCUCCUUGGCCGGGGAAAACUGCCAGCCAGCAAUUGGUGAUUGUCAAUUCCAGGCAAAUGUUGGCAUGAAUUCUGAUGGUCACAAUUCGAACACGGUCCAAAAAAUCGCAUCAACCACUUCUCAAGUCGAAUAAUAGCAGGUUUUCUAUGAAGAAGGCCGAACUUGUAAAGUUCUGAUUUUAACUGGUAGCACAACAGUUGCUCUCAGGGAGAACUGAAAAUGGAGGGUUUGCUCAAUAUUGUAGCGUAGAUGCUGGGUUAUGUUUUUGUAAGAAACUUGGAUUCCACUGGAAGUUGAAGAAGCUAGUUACGUAUGAUCGGUACCGGAAAGGGUUGCGCUGUUUCGGCUUGUUCUAGGCUAAUGGGUGGCUAUCCAGCAAAGAGGCGGUGCUGAGAUGUCAAUACCUAAGCUAGAAAUGCUUCCGAUCAUGGUCUGCUAUCAGAUGAGAUGCUUCAAGGUGAUCAAGAUUAAUUGUGACUCGUCAGUGAGAUCAGAACUGUCCAGGUCGUCUUUGCUUGCGAGCUAAUCACUCCUCCGCAAUGGAGUAUUUGUUGUACCAGUAGAUUGCCCGUAUUGUCGUUUAAUUCAACCUGUACCUCACUUGGUUUCAACUCAGGUUUUCAAACUUCCGCAUCUUAAAGCAAAGCAAAGUCACAAAAAGUGACCUUCUGGGCCAA